GAUGUACGAUCCCGCGAAGGAUCGGUAUCAUCUUCACUACCAGUGGCAUCCUAACCAUGUCAGUUGGGGCAACAUCUCUUGGGGACACGCAGUCUCUGACGACUUGAUCACCUGGACCGAUGUAGGAGGAUGGGAGGGUGACCCAAGCCCAAUCAGUCGGAAACUGGGCCAAACCCUGAUUCCAGGAAUAGCUCAUACUAUGGGCCUGGGUAUCUUCAGCGGUUCUGCGCAGCCUUAUAAUCUGAAAGGAGAACAGGAUGGGACUUUGAUCAGCUUCUAUACUUCCGUCCAACAUCUGCCGACGAAUUGGGCACUCCCAUACAUCAAAGGGACCGAAAAACAGAGUAUCAUUAUCUCCAACGACGGUGGCGAGUCAUGGGAGCAAUACCAAGGCAACCCUAUCCUCUCUAGCCCACCAGAGGGUUGGAACGUCACCGGCUGGCGCGAUCCUUUCGUCGAACCAUGGCCAGAAAUGGACGCCAUACUAGGACAAGACGAGCCGCACUGGUACAUGGCUCUUGGCUCGGGAAUAAAGGGCGAGAACGGCGGCGGACGCAUUCCAUUUUACAGUGCCCCAGCAUCAAACUUGACAGACUGGACUUUCUUAGGCGCUCUAUGGGAACCUAAACCUAAUGAGACUCUUGGAUCACUGGUCGAAACAGGAACGUACGGGUUCAAUUUUGAAGUGUCGAACUUCUUCUCCUUGACUGACGAGGAUGAUGACGUUCACUAUUUCACUCUCAUGGGUACAGAGGGUGGAAACUUAACUUGGCAUCCUCGUGCUCAGUGGGGUUUAUGGAAUGAGGGAGUAGUCACCAGAAGGGAAAACGGCUCUGCCGAGUUCACUCCUGUUUCUGGUGGUGUCAUUGACUCUGGUCUCUCUUACGCAGUAACAAGCUUCCUGGACACUAAGAACAAUGCCUCCCGCCGUGUGCAAUGGGGUUGGGCAAAUGAAGAGAACAACAACUUUGGUCUUCUUCAAGCUGGUUACCAAGGAGCCAUGACCCUGCCUCGAGAGAUGUACGUCAUCAAGACUAAGGACCUUGUGAAUUCGGGCGGAGGUUUGACCACGAAAGGCAACACUCGUGUUGUUGAGCAUGGCAACGGAACAUUCACGGGCUAUACUUUGGGGGCUCGCCCGUUGCCUGAUGUUAUCGAAGGCCUCCGCCAGAGCGGCAGCCGCAAAGACAUCAAUGUCAACGGUACCUGCACAGGAAGCCGUCUUGCAGGCAACGGAAGCAGUCAUAUGGAGCUCAAAGUAACACUCAGCAACGCUACUGGUCCAGCUGGUGUGACAAUCGCUGCGUCUCCGGGCGGCGAAGAGAAGACAGUCAUCUGGUACUCACCGGAAAACUACACAAUCAACGUUGAUCGUUCGCAGUCAUCGACCAUCAACGAAUUCGCCAACUAUACCAUGCUCGGAUACUUCUAUCCAUACACUUUUGCCAACGGUACACAAGAGUCCUUACACAUGGAUAUAUUCGUCGAUGGAUCUCUUGUGGAAAUCUAUGUCAACGACCGGUUCUGGCUCACCACUCGUAUAUAUCCAGCCCGCCUCGACAGUACAGGCUUUGGCGUCUGGGUUGGGGAGAACUCGAGUGUCGUUGCCUCAGAUAUGACAGCUUGGGACCUAGGAAGUGUGAAUGUGUGGCCUGAGCGACCGCGCAAUUCAAGCAGUGAGCUCAUCUUCGACACGCCAGAGGAGACGAGCGACUAUUUGUGGUGGCAGGGCUUUUAAGAUGUCGUCUGAUCUCGGACUUUUGAUACCGAUGACCUAGCCGGGCUUACCUCCUAGUCAUGUACUACGGGUAUACUCGAUGCUUCUCGAUCCAUAGCAAAGGAAAUAGGAAAUAGAAAAUGUAUCUUCAA